ACACAGGAGAACGAAAUUUGUCGACCUCGCCUGCGAAGGACAUUUUGUCUGCAGUGUUGGAGUUUACUAUAUAUAACUUGGUGUUCUACAGUCACCAUGUCGCAGCUGAGGUUCUGCUGUGUGUUUCUCCUGGCUGUGCUAGUGGCGGUAAACGGGACCGCCUGGGAGAAAGAAAACUACCCAAACCCACAGCUUCAGCCGGAACUCUGCAGCCCCAUAGUAAAGAAACCGUCCUGGCUCUGCAACCCGGAUCACGUUCUGAACGAACAGUCAGCGCUCCUACUGAGGGAGAAACUGAAACUGGUUCACGCAGAGGCCAAAUGUUUCUGCGACGACUGCACGGACAGAGGAGGCUACACCAUCUCUGUAGCGGCUAUGCAGCAGAUGGAACCCAUGUACUGGACCCUCCUCCCCACUGAACAAGUCCCAGUGAACAUCAGCUCUAGGCGGUUUACCCGCUACCUGCGAGACACCUGGUUUCCCGACGAGUCAUGCACCGAUCACGUCAUCAUUCUCGUCUCCAAGUUGGAUGACCUGGUACUCAUCUCGCCAGGCGAGUUCGCCAAGGCCAUAUUACCAGACGAGAAGCUGAAGUCCAUCAUGAAGAAAGCCGAGCACUUCUUCAACGUCACCGGCCACUACCAGCCGCGUCUGGGUCUGGAGAUCAUGAUCACCGAGAUCGCAGAGACCUUCGACUCUCUGGAACGGGCACAGUCUUUCAUACUGAGCGGGUACAUGAUCGCUAUCAUCGUUGGAGUCGUGGCAUUAUACUGCACUGUUGGUUUUAUAUGCUGCCGGACAUACGCCUCCAUGAAGAAGGCAGAUAGAAAAUACACCGGGCACGAAACUCCGUUCUUCUUCGUGUACCUCGACAAGAAGAAGCUCAAGCAAGAGGAGGAGGAGAAGCUGAGAAAACAGAAGCGCAAGGAGAAGAGAAGGGCGAAGAGGAUGGAGGAGCGGAGGAAGCUGGAAGAGAUGCAGGCCCAGACCAGCGACCUCGACGAUCGCGACUACGACCCGAAGUACGACGGUGUGAAGGGAGAGGAGUACGAGAUGCGCCCGUAUAACGACCAGGCUGCCCCGAUGCCGUACUGGUACGGCGCACCUCGCGGCGCCACGGCGUCCCUCCCGCCAACACCGCGGCCUGGUAGGUCCAUGAGCGGCCGCGCUAGCACGCUGGGGACUGCGUCAGUGCCGGCCUCUCCUAUGACAGGCGUCCGCGGGAACCCCCUGUACAAGCCCCGGUCCUACACCAUCCAGCCCAGCCCGUCUCUCGGCAGAGAGUCCACCGUCUACCCCGUAAGACCGCUAGGCUCUGCCGUGUCUGGCGCCAACUCAGAAUCCUCUAUCCCGCCCUCCUCUGGCUCUACACGUAACGGCAUCAACGACAACAACAACCCAUACGUCCUCUGCUUCGAGAGCACCAUCUAAACGAAGAGUCAUAGUUGACACGAGAACAGACUCAAUUGACAGCUUUACCAAGCGGAUAUUGGUGCAAAGUAUUACACACUUUGUGUAACCACAUUUUUGCGUGGUAAAUAAAGGCUGCUUUUGCGGAAGAUCCUUCCCCGCAAGAUUCAGCAACAAGCUUACUGGCAACCGACAGCCUUGGGGCAUGUUCUGCUGCAUGAAGCCUUGGAUGACGCGGUGCAUGGUUGAGCCUGGAUGACCGGAACACAAGGCAUGCAAGCUGGACUUACAUGCGGCCUAAAAAGACGAGAGCAAACACAACAUUCUGCUCACACUGUGCGAGCGCAUUUCGAUCUUUGCAUGACCAGUUUGCAGUACAGUUUGGCCCUCGCAGCUAGGGCUAUAGAGAUGUUGGUUCGGUGCAUGAAGUUCGUCUGACAGAUGCGUUUCUGUUGUCCCUUCUGCAUGUUUCAACAACCCCUUGUUAACGUUUUGCCCAUGCCAAUAUCGAUGUCCAGUCAGGUGUCCACACGCCGUGAUGUGACCAGUGCAUUGAUGUCAAAACGUAAUACUAAGACUAUUGAACAUUCAGAUCCUUGCUUUACUUUAAUACAUGUAUAAUCAUGUGUUACUCCAUUCGCUGGCUCUUGGUCAUGAUUAGCUACAUUAGCUAAAAAUAGAU